UAAAAUUGAGCCCCCGUGGCAUUUCGGUCGCGCUGUUUGUCCCCGAGCCUUUGCCGUAGCUAGGGAAGUGUGUGUGUGUGGACACUGUUGAGUUUCAGGUCGUCUGCAAGUGCCUUUUGUUCACAACCUCAAUCUAAGAAGUUUGCUUUGGCUCUUCAGAGUUCACACAAAUGGCAGCCAAGCGGGCUCUGGUUAUCCUGUCGAAGGGUGCUGAGGAGAUGGAGACGGUUAUCCCGGUGGACAUCAUGCGCAGAGCCGGGGUGAGCGUGACGCUGGCCGGCCUGUCGGGGAAGGAGCCCGUGCAGUGCAGCCGAGACGUGCUCAUCUGCCCUGAUGCCAGCCUGGAGGAAGCCCGCGCGCAGGGCCCGUACGAUGUGGUGGUUUUACCCGGAGGAAACCUGGGGGCGCAGAAUCUGUCUGAGUCUCCAGUGGUGAAAGACGUGCUGAAGGACCAGGAAGGCAGGAAGGGGCUGAUUGCUGCCAUCUGUGCAGGUCCCACGGCCCUCCUUGCUCAUGGCAUUGCCUACGGCAGCACUGUCACCACCCACCCCCUCGCCAAGGACAAGAUGAUGAAUGGAGAGCACUACAAGUACUCAGAGGCUCGGGUGCAAAAGGAUGGCAACCUCAUCACCAGCCGGGGCCCUGGGACCAGCUUUGAGUUCGCCCUGGCCAUCGUGGAGGCGCUGCUGGGCCCAGAGGUGGCAGCUCAGGUCAAGGCGCCUCUGGUUCUGAAAGACUGAGUUGGCCCGCGAAGCUCUAGCAGAACCCCAGCUUGAUAACGGGCACUUACCCUUUUACAACCAUCCCUUUAGAGAGAGGGCUCAGUGUUUGGCUUGUCAUAAAGAUCAUGGCGCCCCAUAACUGUUACCCCUUCCAUGCAUAAGAGACAUCCAGUAUAUCUGUUUUGCAAAAGAAUCUGUGCUUUGUGAACUGAUUUUAAUAGAGGAGACUGUUGCGGGACACAGCAGCAGGGGUCUUGGUAUAAAAGGGGAAACUGCAAUCCCUUUGCUUUGAUUUUUAGUGUUGUUGUUCACAGGGGGUGUUGUAAUUAGGGGAAGAGUGGGUGGCAUGGAAUGAACGAUGAUUUCUCCUUUUAAUGUCUGUCAUUAAUCAAACAAACUGUUAGAUGUGUUCUGCUUUAUUGUGCCGGUCGCUAACAUUUCAGGAACAAUAUUGCUAUAUUAGGUUCCAUGCAUGGGUGGAAUAAGAAUAAUGAUUUUGUUGAUCUAACGAUCUCUAUGAAUAAACCAACUGCACCCUCUCUGACCCUGUCCCAUUCUCUGAGUGUACUAAAAACGAAGGACCCUGAAGUUCUGAAAGGCAUCAUUGCGGGUUUUGCUUAAAAGUCUCUUUUGCUGCGCUAUUUCUUAGUAAGGGAAACACAUGUAUUUGGUGUCGUCUGUCAUAUUAACUUACUGCACCCAGCCCCCUUGUAUUGACUGGAUUGCGCAACACCUCCUGUAGAAUGAUUUUGCAGUUUAAAAUGGCUUAAAAGCUUCCGGUGCCUGUUCUUAAAGUAGGAUUUUGCAAUGUUAUUACCAUAGGAGAAUCGCAAGCUGGUUUCGGCCGGAGCUGUUGUAUGUGUGAAAUUGGCUAGUGCGAAUAUCUGAUCUGGUUGCUUGUCAUUUAACUUUAAUUUAGCUGUUUAUCUUUUGCCAGCAGGGAUCAACUUUCCAUGGCUGAGUAAAAUGCAUUACUGGGAGUAUCCUGAAGGCAAGCUAAUGGAUGGUGUAAUUUAUUUUUUAAAAAAGCUUCUUUUGUGCAUUGCCAUAGUGGGUACGGUAGAAAACGGCAGCAAUGAGCUAAACAUCUUCUGAAAGGAAACCAGAGCUCCGGUGUUAGAAUCCCUCGUUCAGAACUGAAUAAACAAGAUGAUUAAAGUGG